UCGCCCCAGACGCAGCAGCAUGGUCAACGACGCCAAGGUGCACAUGCAUGUAUCUGCUCUGCGCCGGGGCAAUUACUUCAAGCUUACAGAAGACGAAGCGUCCACGCAGCGCAGCCGUGCAAGGUGCAGCGAGCCAAAGCCCAAGAAGGUCAAGGCCGCGAAGGCGGCGGAGUCCUCGACACCUGCCUCGGCCGCGGCAGCGACAUCUCAGGACGAGCUCAUUCGAGAGUGGUUUCCGGCGCCGGACCUCACGGCCAACCUCGAUGAUGAAGAAGGCUUUGAGAACGCGAUGCGACACAACAGCAAAUUCAGUAUGGCUGAUGCCCUCAAGAUCUACAGCGAAGUCCAGCAGCCCCCAUGCUUUCGCGAGGCCCUUGGACCUUGCGAACCUUCGACACACGAGCAUCGACUUUGCGUUCCCGAUCCCUAGUUCACCGGUCGAUGUGAACGAAGGCAUUACGCUCGCCAACUCUUCGGGAUCGUCCUCACAAAUGUACUUCGUAACCGUAACUCGAAUGCGAACUGUCAUGUUAAUCUUGG